AUGUUUAGAGUAGUGUACACGCCAACAGAAGGUGACGCUAUCCAGAACUACUCGCGCAUCUUCAGAAGUCUCGAAGGCGUCUACUUGAACAUCAACGAGAUUGACCGAAUACACCAUGAUCUCUCAUUGUGGGGGACAGCAGAUAUCGACUACAUCCUAGUUACAGACGGCGAAGAAAUCCUCGGCAUAAGCGAUCAAGGCUAUCUGAAGGAGAAGCGAGUCCUGGGAGCAAGAUACGACCAGUUCCUCGACACCCUUGUCACAUCGGCGAGUGGGCUAUAUCUAAAGGCUUGUAUAUACUUUGAAGAUUUGGCGUUGGAUACGGCAAGGGGUGUCCUUGCUGGAUGGGAGGAUACAUGCUCAAUAUCAACGGCAAGACCAUGUGACGAAAAUGGCCUAAGAGACACCCGCAUGGCUGUGUUUGGAGCCGGGACAGCAGGAGUUGGAAUCGCCGAUCAGGUUGUUAAUGCCAUCAUGAGCAAGCUGAGAGAGCAAGCAGCCGUCAACAAGAUUUGGCUCGUCGACAAUCCCGGGCUCCUGAGUGACAAGACAAAAGACAUAUCUGAGGCUCAGAAGGUAUACGCGCGCUCGAGCUGGAAUCGCGAGCAAUCCGACUUCCUUGAGGCAGUCAAACAGGAUAACCCGAACAUUCUGGUAGGCACAUCCACUGUGCUCAGGACCCUCACCGAAGAUAUUGUUCCUGCAAUGGUAGGAGGGAAGGAGGGCCAAUCAUCCUUUCGCUCUCCAACUUAA